UCAGACGGGGAAAAUGGGCAGCACGUGUCGUGGCCCAGGCCAUCAAGAGUGAUUCGAGGGCUCCGCACGAGAGGAGCGCGGAGGGCAGGAGGGGCCGGAGAACGCCCCUGUGAUUGGCGGGCCGGGAUACCAGGACGCUUGUGAUUGGGCGAGGCCAAGACCAAGGACUGCUUUUUGAACCGCGUAGGGUUCUGGGUAGCAAAGACCUUGGAAGGGUCUUAACUGAAAGGGGGAGGGGGAAGGUCGCCAACAAACGGCUGAGCUCACAAUCCGUCCUGGGACCAGGCCGGGGCGUCCCCCUCCCCCCAUGGAGAGAGCCAGGCCGGAGCAGCCGCCUCAGCAGCGCCAACUGCCGCGGGCGACCCCGCCGCGCCCGCUGCGCCCUGGUCGGCCCCCGCUGCCCGUCGAGGGCGCCUCCUUCCGGGCAGCGGCCGCGGAGCCCUCUCCGUCGCCGCCCACCCCGUGCGCGGCCGCCAUUGCGACCGUCGCCUCGUCGUGUGGGGAAGCCUCGGCGUCGGGCGUACAGCCAGGGGCACGACGGCUGCUGCAGGUGAAGCCGGAGCAGGUGUUACUGCUGCCCCCCGGGCCACCACUGCCUCAGGCCCGGGAGGAAGGCGCCGCCACUUCUCCCGCGCAGGCGCGGCUGCUGCACCUGAGGCCCGAGCUGCUCCUGCUGCCGCCGCCGCCGCCCCCAGCGUCUGAGGGCGUCCCCUGCAGGCCUGAGUUGCACCCGUUGCAGCCCCGAGCGUUGCACGUUAAGGUGGAGAAGCAGGAGCCGGGAUCCGGCUUGGAUCUGUUGGCUGGGCCUCGGAGGGCCGUCGAGGCGUGCCCGAAAACCUCCAGGACGGUGAAGGCAGAAGCCUCCGGGCCCCUCAACAGCCGCCGAGGGGACGAGAAGAAGGGCAAGUUGGAGGCGGAGGAGAUCAUGAGCUACGCAGCAAAAGGCGGAGAAGGCACAAGCCUGGCAGUCCUCAGAGAAGGAGUCAUCAAAACGGAGGCGCCUGAGAGACUUCGAGAGGACUGCAGGCUCAGUACAGAGCCCGCGUCCAAUGGCCUGGCUCAUGGCAGCAAGGAUGUCAUCCUGACCCAGCCGUCCAGUGCCUUUGGGCCACAUCAGCAAGACCUCAGGGUCCCUUUGACUCUUCACACCGUGCCCCCCGGGGCCCAGAUCCAGUUUCAGGGACCUCCACCUUCAGAGCUGAUACGAUUGACCAAGGUCCCGUUGACACCAGUGCCUAUUAAAAUGCAGUCCUUAUUGGAGCCUUCUGUAAAAAUUGAAACCAAAGAUGUCCCGCUUACGGUGCUUCCCUCAGAUGCAGGAAUACCAGAUACUCCCUUCAGUAAGGACAGAAAUGGUCAUGUGAAGCGACCCAUGAAUGCAUUUAUGGUUUGGGCAAGGAUCCACCGGCCAGCACUAGCCAAAGCUAACCCAGCAGCCAACAAUGCAGAAAUCAGUGUCCAGCUUGGGUUAGAAUGGAACAAACUUAGUGAAGAACAAAAGAAACCCUAUUAUGAUGAAGCGCAAAAGAUUAAAGAAAAGCACAGAGAGGAAUUUCCUGGUUGGGUUUAUCAACCUCGUCCAGGGAAGCGAAAACGCUUCCCUCUAAGCGUUUCCAAUGUAUUUUCUGGUACCACACAGAAUAUCAUCUCUACAAAUCCAACAACAAUUUAUCCUUAUCGCUCACCUACCUACUCUGUGGUAAUUCCCAGCCUACAGAACACCAUCACUCAUACAGUUGGUGACUCUCCACCAACCAUCCAGCUGCCCACACCUGCAGUCCAGCGUCCAAGCCCCAUCACGCUUUUCCAGCCCAGCGUCUCCAGUUCUGCCCAGGUGGCUGUCCAGGCUCCAAGUCUGCCCCUCCACCCAGCACUCCCACCCCAGCGCUUUGCUGGGCCCUCCCAAACGGACACUCAUCGGCUGCAUUCUGGAGUCAGUCGCUCUGUGAAGAGACCCACUCCUGUUUCUCUGGAGAGCACCAACAGGAUUCCAACUAGUGCAAGUCCUGCCCAUUCCAGAUUUGCAACCUCAACCAUCCAACCUCCCAAGGAGUAUCCCAGCGUUUCCACUUGUCCCAGAAGUACUCCCAUUUCCCAGGCUCCUCCUAUCCCACACUCACACGUCUACCAGCCCCCACCCCUUGGCCAUCCAGCUGCAUUGUUUGGGACACCACCGCGAUUCUCUUUUCAUCACCCUUACUUCCUACCUGGACCUCACUACUUCCCAUCAAGGUAAAGGAACAGUUUAUUUCCUUUCCCCUUUCACCUAAAACUAUUCAUUCAUAGUUAAUGAAUUUUUACCCCUGAAAGCCUCUCUUAUUUACUGAAAAAGGAACUUCCUCAAUCCUGUUUGGUAUCUAAGUUAGUUCAGUGGCUAGAUAGGGGCCAACCAGUUGACUUGAGUACAUGGAGGGGCUGGAUAAGGAUUUGGGGAGCCAAGGAGAGUGCAUGCCCCAUCUUAUGGGGCGGUUGCUACCGAGUUCCCGCCUACUGUUGCCACAUGAGAAUACAGGCUCCAGUGUUGUCAGAUCUGAUUUUUCUCUUGAAAAAAAUCAUCAGUUAUAAGUGACCUUAAGAUCAUUUAGUCCAACCCCCUUACUGAAUAGUAAGUGUGGUUCUGAAACUUUUAUAUGUAUAUAAAUCACAUGUGAUCCUAAUAAAAUACAGAUUCUGAGUCAGUAGGUCUGGGUUACAGUAGGUUCCUAUGCAGGGUUACAGUAAGCCGGAUAUUCUGCAUUUCUAACAAGCUCCCAAGUGAUGUCAAUUCUGUGGUUUGUGGAAUACUUUGAAUAGCAAGAAUAUAGAGAGCACUGGCCUAAGAGGUUAAAUGACUUGUCCAAAGUUAUUUUACCCUCUCAGGACCCUUGUUAAUAAACCAAAAAGUUUCUUAGGUAAAUUACCAGUAAAAGAAAUUAUUUUCACAGGGAUGUAUCUAAGGAAAACAAAUUUGUAACUUUUCAUUUUGGAGUGAUAGAAUUUAACUUUGAAAGCAUUUUGAUAGAGUGGCACUAACCUCUACUUUUCAGUUGCUCUUAAAUGUAUAAACAGAGAUGGUUUCUGUUGAGAAUGUUUAAUAACCAUUUUUUGUUACUUGUUUAGAAAGUAAAACUACUCCCUACUUGGGUGUACCAAAGCCUCAAAGAAGUUUUGCAGAAUAUGUUAUGUUGCUUCAAUUUAUAGUGGAAUUGCUUGCUUUCCAGUCUUUAGAUACAGAACUAAAAGUGAAAAUAGGGGAUCAGAUUAGGAGAAAGGGAGAUACUGCUGUUUGUGGUUUGUUUUGUUUUCCAGUGGGCUCUUCUUUAACAGCUUUCAGAAGUCUUUUAGUUCAAGAAAUCAAACUUUAAGAGACUCCUAAGGCUAGGGGUUGAUAAUCUCUUCUCAUUGCUAUCUGUUAGGGCCUGAGAUUUUAUAGGAAUUUUAGAGAAUUUUACAGUGGGUUUUUUUUUUUUUUAAAUGUAUGAGAAUAGUGCUAAGGACAUAGCUAGAAUUUAAUAAAUGAGUAGGUUUGAAAAGAUCAGCCUUAGUUAGAACCUUGAGGUUCACAAACUAAAAUUGGUGAAAUUUUAUCUUUGUUACAUAAUUCAUUUUGUAGUACAAGAAAGACUUGAACAGUACUUACAUUGAAGGAAAAGAAGAGGCAUUUAGAAUAGGUUGUAUAGCACUGUCUUACUCUAGUUGUUAUUGUUUUUUCUUUUUAGCAUUUUGAGAACUUGGUAUUUUUAUCUAUAAUUCUCACAGCAAUCCUUUGUUUUUGGCAUAAUUAUCCCUUUACUUUUUCAGAUAAAGAAACCGAUCAGCUGUUAGAUAAAUAGCUUUGUUAAAGUCACACAACUGGUAAACGGCAGAGCCAGUAGUCAAACUUAGAUUUGCUGUCUGAUUUUUAAUUCCGUUUUUUUUUUUUCACUGUAUCACUAAGGCUUCUCAAUAUGAUGGCUUUUCUUGCUUGGUAGCUAUUAGUUGCUAGAAGAGAAUGCACAUGGAAAAUGCAUCCUGUAUUUUUGAAUGGAAAAGUAGUGUAGUCAAGUAGACUUUUGGGCAGGAAAUUUUUUUUUAUACAAUAAAUAAAAUCAUAGGAAAUUUAUCUUCCUGACUCAUGACAAGACUUACAGGAUUUGGCUGUUAAUUUACAAACCAUUGAUAACUUAAAGAACAUUUUGAAAAGAAACUCUGGAAAAGUAUAUCCACAUCUUGAAUGGUAUUAUUGCUAAUUAAUAAUAAUGCUAUUAGAUGAACCAAAUGAAGUGAGUCAGUGGUAUUAUACUGAAUUUUAUUUCAUGUAAGAAUGUCGAAGAAGUAUGUCAGCUAUAAACAUUAAGCUGAAUAUAAUUUUCCAAAACAAGACCAGCCUUAUAGUAUUGCCUAAUUUCCUUUGUAACUUCUACCUGUAAUGUGUGUGAUGGUAAUUUCCUCAAGGAUAUGGGUAAUCUUAUUUAUGUUUGUUUAGAUAAUAUACUUCAGUAAAAUCCAGUCUGGCUAAAUAACAGAAUUAAUUGAUUCUUUCUCAAUUUUUCUAUUGGCUCUUCUCCCAACUAAUAACAGAAUCUUUUAUAAAGAUAUUUCUUAAAAAAAAAAGAUAUUUCUUCCCUAAUCUAAUCAAAUUACGUAUGGAAUUA